ACAAAUGGAAGGAAGGAAAGUCGGAGUCACUAGCGUACCGAAGCUGAGGUGUUCAUACAUAUCCCGUACAUGAUACCUUACACACCUCUCUUUUUGUAUCUCUUUUCAUCUCUUCCGCUCACCGAGUUCAACCGUUGUCAUCCAUCUGCCGCAAAGUAAAGCAUACACAGCGAUUCUAUAUACCACCAAGAAACUUUCCCUUGUUGUGCUGCAAGCACGUAGCCGUCACCGUCGUCCAAUUCCACAAAGAGAAAGUGACAGCAUAAUACUCUUCCCAUAGUUCUUCAUAACUCGAGACUACCCAUCUCUAGCCUCACCCGUCACUUCUCAUUUCAAAGAUGACUACACGAUACCGUGUUGAAUAUGCCCUCAAAACCCACAGACGGGAUCAAUUUAUAGAGUGGAUCAAGGCGCUCUUAGCCGUCCCAUUCGUCCUCUACUCUCAGCCCCAUGGUGUUCUUGAAGAUCCGGACAGAAGUGUCGAUACGCUUUCUCAGACAAGAGAGGAAGCCCACAGGCGAUACAGUGAGAUCUUCCGGGAUAUCGAAGCCAUGAUCGAUGACCACAUUGCCCACCAAAACGAUGCCGAGAACCCUUUCCCAUCCAAGCUCAAGCUGCUGGUCCCCAGUAUCGGGCCCUUCUUCACGCGGUUACCGCUCGAAGCGGCAUUCAAGUUUCAGGACAACAAGCGCUACAUUUCAUCGCGCCGCUUUGUGUCGCCGUCCUUCAACGAUAUCCGCUUGAUCCUUAACUCGGCCCAGAUAAUGGCUGUGACGACUUACGGAACUCUCCAGCUCGCUACCUUUGAUGGUGACGUGACGCUCUACGACGAUGGCCAGAGUCUGGAACCUACCAGUCCUGUGAUUCCCCGACUACUAGACCUUCUCCGCAAAAACGUCAAAAUCGGCAUUGUCACCGCAGCAGGCUACACUACCGCCGACCGCUACUACUCGCGCUUGCACGGUCUUCUUGAUGCCAUGGCCAACAGCGCCGACCUCACCCCUUCCCAAAAACAGUCUUUGGUCGUCAUGGGCGGUGAAGCCAACUACCUCUUCGAGUUCGACUCGUCCUCGCCGCACCUUCUCGCCCCGGUGCCACGACAGCACUGGCUCACACCCGAGAUGGCCGCCUGGAACGAGCAGGACAUUGCCCAGCUGCUAGAUGUGGCCGAGGCCGCGCUGCGCGAUUGCAUCAAGACGCUCAACCUGCCUGCCACGUUGAUGCGGAAGGACCGCGCCGUCGGCAUCAUCCCCGUUUCUCCAGAAAUCCGCAUCCCGCGCGAGAGCUUGGAGGAGACGGUUUUGCUGGUGCAAAAGAUCCUUGAGCUCAGUACCGUGGGCCGGAGCAGAAGAGUGCCGUUCUGCGCCUUCAAUGGUGGGAGGGAUGUGUUUGUUGAUAUUGGCGAUAAGAGCUGGGGUGUUACUGUUUGUCAAAGGUGGUUCUCGCAGAAGGAGGGUCCUCAUGGAGUUAUCAAGGGGGAGAAUACCCUGCAUGUGGGCGAUCAGUUCUUGAGUGCCGGGGCGAACGAUUUCAGGGCCAGGAGCGUGGGGACUACGGCGUGGAUUGCGAGUCCCGUGGAAACGGUCGAAUUGUUGGAUGAGUUGGCGGAGUUAAUGGGGAAGAAGAUGUCUUGAUCGAGGUUGUCAGGACUUUCAUGGUUGCGGCGGCGGGCGGUGGUUGACAAUGGUGAUGGUAGGGUUACAAUGAUAAUGGGAACAACAAGAGCAUCUCUUGUGGCGAUUUUUUGGGGGUCACAAUCGAUGGAGCAAAGCGGGGGCCAAUGAAGGGAGGUAUCGAACAUCUACGACGACACAAUUCUUCAGCGAUAAUGAAUAUUAUAGGUAUACCUAAUUCUGGAUGCCCUUCUAACACGUGGUGAGACGUUUGAGAAAUGCAUAACACAAUCGGUUAUCGCGAUCAGCUACGGUAAUCUGACAAAC